AUGCCAUGUCAUGCUGCUUUAUAUUUUAUUGAUCAUGAAUUCGUGGUGGUGGGGUACAACGCCACAGGGAUAAGGCACAAGGUUCCGAGGCUUCAGUGGAGGCUGUGCACAAACUCAAUUUAUUGGAAUGCUAUAGAAUAUCCAAUGUCAACACACGGACAGCCACGUGGCUUGACUUUAAUUGAAGCUGGGAUUCUCCUGCAUGAACAAACACUCCCACUUGGACGGAUACGAGGAAGGCAACGAGCUAGUGGGGCUUGUGAUGCUUCACUCCAAGAGGGCUGGGGCGCUGUUCACGGCAAUGAACCACCCCGAGAAGUUUCGACAUUUUUCGCCCGGACAAUUAACAGGGAUUCUUUUCCUAACUUAGUGGCCAAAAAGGGGACGUUAUGGACCGUGCACAGGAAUGCUGAGUCAUCCCCGAGUGAACAUUCGCAAUGGUCGCCAUCUACAAAGUCGUACGCAAUCCUCUCUAACUUAUCUCGAUGGGCUCGUUCUACUUUCUAUUGGUGCCUCGCUGAUGCACUUUGA